AAACUGGAAAUCCGCGAAUUGAAUCUCGACAACAUGCCGUAUCUAUAGAGAUAUAUGCGGCUGGAAAUGACGUCACCCUGAGGUCGCUUCGUAUCGUAGUUGGCGCGAGCGCAGAGAUCACUAGUGUGUCGCGGCUGUGAUAGAACUAACGUCCUAGCCACUAAGGGAACAUGAGAAUAACACUGGUUCUUCUUCUGUGUGUGGCGGCUUGCCACGCCGAUGAUUUGGCUCAUGCCGCCGGCCAGAUCUUCUCGAAUAUUCUCCCGAACCUUAUCAGUAAUUCGGUAACAGGCCAGCAGGGGAACACGGCGACCAAUACGCUGCAGCAGAUCGGCACCGUCGUCGGUGGUGUUGUCGACUAUGCCAAGAAGAAGAGUUAUGAAGAUAUGCUACGUCAGGUGCAGGACUCUACCACCGACGAAGAUAUCUUAAAACUAAGCGAGGAGAUGUUCAAUGCAGACAUAAACAAUGCCCUCAACUACAUACAAGUUAACUUGCAAGGAAAAACAAGCCCCCUCUCCAAAAACGACGAGGCCCAAUCAAACUUAUUAAAUGUACCAGAGAACGUGUGGAACGGCCCAACAAUCCGACCUUUCGUUGCUCUUUUCGACAAUUAUCAUAAGAAUGUCAUAAGGCCAGAGUUCGUUACACCAAACGAGGAGUCAGAACAAACUACAUAUAUUAACACAAUCUUGGCCACUGGUCCCAUAAGGAGUUUGAUGACAUUUUUGGUUAACAAAGGCCUGGCCCAACUCAAUGAAUACAAUGAGCAAGUGGAGUUAUUGAAAAAGAUCUGGUUUACAAAGUACGCGCGUCACUGGACCGGCCUCUGCAAGUGUAGUUGUGCUUUCGAAAACAUCUUCAUGGCUGAAUUGAAAUCAAAUGAAGUUCUCGGCCUUCACAGUUGGCUAUUCUUCGCGAAACGAGAGAUGGACCGCAAAGCCAAUUAUCUUGGAUAUAUUGACAAGCUGGAUUUGUCCGGAAAAGGAUUUAUUCUGAAGCAGCAUUCGAUCUUAAGUGAGACGAAAGACGCACCAGAGAUCACGAUGUUUGUGGGCACAUCCCCCGAGCUGGAGACCGCGCUCUACACGUUGUGCUUCAUGGCGCGGCCUGACAGACCGUGCAAGCUGGCAUACAACAAUGUACACUUUACCAUUCAGACUAAAACACUCAAAGCAGAUAAUGUACUCCUCAUUGACACCGCUUACCCGACCUAUUAAGUUGUAAGCAAACCAAAAAUAGUUGUAGAAGAGAUUAUGUCGAGAUUUUUUAUUUAUGAUUUUUAACUCACAUGUGACUUUUAGUAAAGAAUAAACGAUUUUUCUAACAUA